AUGUAUUUUCAGGGAAGUGUGGUUUUGUUUCUUCAUGGGUUUCUUGGAACUGGUGAAGAAUGGAUCCCCAUCAUGAAGGGUAUCUCAGGAUCUGCAAGAUGCAUUUCAGUUGAUAUUCCUGGCCACGGAAGCUCAAGGGUACAAAGUCAUGCUAGUGAGUCCCCAACUUUCUCAAUGGAGAUGAUAGCGGAAGCACUGUAUAAGUUGCUUGAGCAAAUGACUCCUGGGAAAGUUACCGUAGUUGGAUAUUCCAUGGGAGCAAGAAUAGCACUCUACAUGGCUUUGAGGUUUAGCAACAAGAUCGAAGGAGCUGUUGUGGUAUCUGGGAGCCCUGGGCUCAAGGAUCCAGUGGCAAGGAAAGUUCGAAGUGCAACAGAUGAUUCUAAAGCACGAAUGAUGGUUGACUAUGGACUCGAUAUCUUUGUGGAGAAUUGGUACAAUGGAGGCUUGUGGAAAAGUUUGAGAAGACAUCCCCAUUUUAGAAAAAUAGUUGCAAGCCGCUUGAUACAUGAUGAUGUCCUCAGUGUUGCAAAGCUCCUCUCAGAUCUAAGCACUGGAAGACAGCCGUCAUUGUGGGAAGAGUUGGUGGAUUGUGAUACAAAUGUCUCGCUUGUCUUCGGAGAGAAAGAUGUAAAAUUCAAGAAAAUUGCUACUAAGAUGUACAUUGAGAUGAGUAAAAGCAAGAAGAGCGAAAACUAUAUCAUUGAGACGGUUGAAAUCCCAGAGGCUGGUCAUGCUGUUCAUCUCGAGAGCCCUCUAGGCUUGAUCCUCGCUCUUAGAAAAUUCUUAACAAGAGUGCGCAAAAACUCUGCAGAGACAGAGCUUUCUCAGAAGCUCUUGUUAGCACUGAAAGAAACGUAA